AUGGUUGGUGGAAUACGUAGGAUACACAACAUCAAGCAUCCUAUGCGAACUCUGAAGUGCCGUAAUUACACUAACUACGUUCCUGAAAAUCUUUUUAAUGACGUCUCCGAAAUUGACUGGCGCCCUGUAUACGACGCCAGUGAUGUAAAUUCUGCAGUUACCAAGGCUCGCAAAUCAGGUAAAACAGAAGAUGCAGAGAAAUAUAAAAAGAUUAGAAAUAGUUGCAAUAAUAACAUAGUGAAAGCAAAGGCUAACCACCAGCGUGAUCUUAUUAACGAAAAUCUGUCAAAUCCAAGAAAGUUUUGGAAUGCAAUAAAAUCAGUAUUCCCAAGCAAACCGAAAAAAGUGUGUCAAAUGUCAAAAGAUGGUGAAAGCAGAAGUAAAGUAAGCAACUUCAGCAAGUUUUUUAGUACACCUGUUCACUCUCUUAAAUCCAAGUCAAUUCAACUUAUGAAUUUUACAUGGAGAUACGUACCACUUUUUUCUUUACGAACAAAUAAAAUUUUCAUGACAGGUUAUAUUUCUAAGAUUUUUGUAGAGAAAGAACUCCGAUCACUCAAACGAAAUAAAACAACCGGUAUAGACGAGUUACCACCCGGAAUGUUAAAAGACUGUGCUAUUUUAAUUUCAAAACCUCUGAGUCACAUAAUAAACCUUUCGAUAAACACCUCAACUGUACCAUCAGCCUGGAAAGUUGCGAAGGUUGCACCUAUAUUUAAAUCUGGGGAUUCUUCUCUUCCCGAAAACUAUCGCCCGAUUUCAAUUUUACCGGUGCUAUCUAAAAUUCUUGAGAAGGCUAUUCAUAACGAACUCAUGAAAAUUCGUCGCGAAAUAGAUGGCGGUAAGUUAGUUGGAGCAGUAUAUAUAGAUUUAUCGAAAGCCUUUGAUACGAUCGGACACUCAUUAUUAUUAAACAAGCUACGCACGUACGGAAUUAAAGACCAUAUCUCAAAUUCUAAAGUUAUAAUGUACGCAGAUGAAACCGUCAUAUACGUUGCUCAUAAAGAUGUUACUAGAAUGGAACAACUUCUCAAUCAAGACCUUGAGAGACUAUCAGUAUAUUUCCGUGAAAAUGAGUUAAUUAUAAAUUUAAAAAAAGGGAAAACUGAAGUCAUGUUGUUCGGAACGGCUAAACGCUUGAAAGCACAUGACAAGGCUCUACAAGUUGUAUAUCAAGAAAAUCCGGUAAAUUUCGUUUCUCAGUAUAAGUAUCUGAGAACAGUAAUCGACAGCAAGUUAAUGCUUAAUGACAACUUCGACCGAUCAUAUAAAAGCGCUAGCAGCCGUUUACGCCCACUACAAAGAUUACGACCGUGCCUUACCGCUGAAGGCGCACACAAUGUUUUCUCGAUGAUGAUUGUACCUUUAAUUACUUAUAGUAGUGCAUUGAGAAUACCUAUCACAAAUACACAGCUCAACAAAUUAAAAUCGCUUGAGAACCGUGUUUCAUCGAUUGUCCGGAGUGAUAAUAUUCCAUCCAUCACAGGACUCGUCAACCGUAAUAUUUGUGUACUCGUUAAAAAGUGUCUACUAAAUGAACUAACAUCUGAACAUUUUGACAAUUAUUUUGUCAGCCAACAACAUGACAAUAACACACGAAAUAACGGCUGCAUUGUCAGGUUACCUCGGGUCAAACUAGAAAUACUUCUCUUAAUAGACGAUACCAGCUAUUGGGCGAUGUGCACUCUCAGCGGCUAUCUUAGUCACUGUGCCGUCCAGUCUGCUUCAAGUUUAGCUAAGUGGGAUUAA